CUUUUACCUUACAACAUAUUUCUCUGUUGGUUAAGUUACCCGAGAUUUCUUCUACGUGAAAGAAUCUUUUAAAGGAAUAGGAAUAAAAAAUGAAUUCAGAAGCAAGCGUAUUUAGUAAUAUGGAGUGGAGCCAAUUGGCGAAUCCAUUGAAUAAAAAAGAAAGCCAACCUUCUUUAUCGUCUACCAACAAUAUGUAUCCUCAGUUAUCUUCUUUUAUGAAUCCGACUGGCGCUAGUGGUGCAGGAUCUCCCGCGAAUUUGCAAGCAGAUCCGACGACUGCUACAGCUUCAGAUCCUCAUAAAAAACUCUCUUUAAAAUCAGGUAACUUUUGGGAUUCGUACGGUGUGGCUUCAUCUACUCCUCCUGUGCCUUCGUUUUCGUCAAAUACGGCCAACCCCGCAACGUCUGGUAAUACCUCUUCCCUGAAUACGAAUAAUUUGAGUGAAAAGGGUACUGUUUCUUCUAUACCUACGACAGCUUCCAAUACAUUCAAUAUCGACCCUAGCCCUCCCUAUCCGAAUGCGACUUCGAUUGGAGGAAAUCCCUUGGGGUCUGUGGAUUCAAAUUCAGGAUUCUUUCCUUCCAAAAGCUUUACAUCUCCUUUUCCAAGUGCACUUGCAACUGAAGGUAUGUCACCUAAGUUUUUGAAGGAUCGCUUCCCGUCUUCAAACACCGUGGCUGGAGCAGCUUCACCUAAAGUAAGUAGUCCUUUCACUGCUUAUAAGAGAACUUCUUUGAAUGCUAGCCCUUCCUCUACCUCUAUACCUCAGUCUCGUUCUAUCGGAUCUAGUAUUAAUAAUCCUUCCGGUUAUGGCUGGCUUCCUCAACAAUCCAGUUCGCUGCCGACAUCGUAUCCAGUAAAUCCUCCACACGAUGUUGAUCCUGCGUUAGCCCAAUUUACUGGUCAUGCUUAUGAUUCUCCAAACGUUUCUCGGUAUGAACAAUUUAGUGGUGCCCCUCAGCCUGAUGCCUUACCCGAAGGCAUAAAUUCGCCUAUGCAUCGUGGCUCCACCAGACUUUCAAACUCGCCUGCUUAUUCCGUUGGUGGGGGUAUUCCAGCGCGAGACACUGAUUCUCCUCUGAACAUUUUGGUAGAUAAAGCUAAAGCUAAGAUAUCCAUGAAUGAAAAUGGAGCUUCCAGCAGUUCUGUUCGUGAACAAUCCACCCCUGGUGAGGCAGCAUCCAGUUAUUUUCCGCCUGAGAAAUUUCCACAGCAUUUGGCGUCUUUAAUUCCACCUGCUGUUUUGCGCUGGCUUUAUAAGGACCCUCAAAAUAAUAUACAAGGUCCCUUUAGCGGUGUCGAUAUGCAUCAGUGGUAUCGUGCUGGUUAUUUUCCGCUGAGCCUUCCUGUCAAGCGUCUUGAAGAAGAGGAAUAUUAUUCUUUAGCUUUUUUCAUUCGUCAAGUCGGAAAUCAAUUCGAACCUUUCUUGAUACCGUUGUCUCCGGUUUCAGUGCAAAACAAUCAAAAUCCCUCUUGGAAUGCUCAAGGUACUGAUUUGCCUUCAAGCACAUAUAUUCCCAAUAAUGAUAGUGAAGCUUUAGAAGCCAGAGAUAUAAAACGUCCGGGAUCUCUGCAAUCUCAACGUGAAGAUGAUAAUGAUGCAAGCAGAAAAGCAUCUGUUCAAUCACAAUCACUGGAGAAAUCGUUAAUGGAAAAUAUCGUGAGCCAACCUGAUGAGAAUGUUUACAAGGAAGACAAGCAUACUAGUUUCUCUCCCUCUGAUAUUACGAACAAGGACGAAAAGGAUGCUACUGCGGUUAGUCAGAAUAAAGAAAAGGUAUAUGAACCAACACAACGGAAUGCUGUUGAUUCUAAUUUGUCCAAGAAUUUGAAGUCGUUAGAGCUUAAAGAAAAGCAAUCUAAGGAAGAAACGAAGCCUAAAGUUGAGCCUAUUGAAUCUACGGCUGGGAAUUCUGAUGAGCAUCAAUCUAUUCCAUCAGUUAAUAAACCUGCAUCUGCUGCUACUGAAACGGGAGCUACUGCACCUCGACCUUCCCCUUGGAAGUCACUGCCCACCAAACGUAUGCCAUCUCUUGAUGAAACCAUUCACAAGGAGAUGGAGAACGCAAUAAAUGGUGAUAUGCCAGACCACAAUGAGAAGACUAAUCAGAAGCCCGCAAACAAUCAACCCAGUCAACCCAGUAUACCCGCGGAGGCUGGAUCUCCUUGGGGUAAGGUCAAUGAUGUUGCUACAUCCAUUUCUCAAGAAAUUCAGCGUAUGGAAAAGCAAAACGAAAGCUUAAAGAGUAAGGCUGCAGUAGCUUCUCAAGUACAAUCCCAAAAUCAAGCUCAGGCUCAGGCUCAAGCUGCAGCUAAACCGGCACCUCAGACAUUGGCAUCUACAUCUGUAUGGGGCUCUGGAUCUACUAACACCCCUAACGCUUGGUCAAAGCAUGCUGCCUUGAAGUCACCAAUGUUGAAGAAAAAUAUUCAACAAGCGGAAGUUCAUACCAAGCAACAACCCCUAGCGAGUUCAGCAACGAAUGCGGCUACCGUUGCUAGUGCCGCGAGUACCCGAAAUGUCACUCCUGCUGCCAAAGUUAUUAAGCCUGCAACUUAUGCUCCCGCGGUAUCAGCACCUAAUGAGGAGAAUAAGAAACUGAGUGCAUUUUUGGAAACUACCCUAGAAACUGAGGAUAGCUGGUCAGUUGUAGGACCAGGUGGUAAAGUGGUCAAUCAACAACCCACUAGUACAAGCACAACCAAUCGUUCACCAACUUCCAAGCCUGCUGCGGUAGCUAAUCCCGUAAAUUCACAGCCUAGCCCAUCCAAGUUACAGCAGGUUAUUACUUCAUCUGGUCUCUCCCCUGAAUUUCUUUCGUGGUGUAAAAACUCAUUGAAAGGUUUAAAUGAAGGCGUCAACUAUGAAGAAUUUCUCAAUAUGUUGUUGUCGUUCCCUGUUGAGUCUAACAAUGAGGUUGCUGAGAUUAUUUCCGAUUCCAUUUAUGCCAACAGUACUACCAUGGACGGUCGUAGAUUUGCUGGCGAAUUUAUGCGACGUCGUAUGGCAGAUAUUUCUGGUAAAGAUGAAAGUUUAAAUGGAACUAUUACCAAAGGUCAGGAAAACGGUAGCUCUGGAGCUUGGAGCAGUGUUGCUCGUACUAAGCCAAAGCAAGGGGCUGAAUGGAACUCUGCUUUCAAGGUUGUCACUGGUAAGAAAAAUAAGAAGCGUACUUAAAUUUGGUGAUUGACGAAACUUUGGAUCGCCUACUGUAUUAUACGUAUAGAUAAUAUUAGUAAUUACUUUUAAUUGAGUAUUUUAAAAAAUGUGUUUCAUCGAUAAGUCUAUUGACAGAUUAAAUGAAUGUCUAAACAAUAAAUAGUCUAAAUAAAUGCCGG